UUUCCAUAAUGAAUGCGUAAUAUCAAAAGAUAGUUUUCCACGUCCAAUAAAGUGUGACAUAAAAUAUAACAUAAUAGCUUUGUGAAGUGGCAGAUGGUUGAUAUAAUUUUCUUCUGCACAUAUCAGGCAAAUUCAGUUCUUCACAGCAAUUUAUUUCAAAGGUGUAAUCAAACACUUCACUCACGGUGAUGUAAUGGAUGUAUUAAUUUAUUGCUGCCCGAUUUGACCCAAUUUGUUUGGAGGGAAACAUUCAACACUAUUUAUCAGUAAAUAACGUUUGCCGUGGAUUGCACGGCUUAUAGUCAAUCCAUAUUAGCCGUAUUUUCGAUAAUUGAGACGAUUAUGAUAUUAUAGAAAUUUUGUGUGAAAUUUAAAAUAAAUCACUUCAUUGAGGAUCGACAAACGGAAAUAUUAUAUAAUGCGGUUCCUUUCUGUUGAAGAUUUAGUCUCAGCAAGUCACUGCCUGCAACAACAUUGCAAAGUCAUCAAAAAAUUGAAAAUUGUGUAAAGUUUUUUUUUUGUGAAACACCAUGUAUCCCAAGAAAAUAAAAAUUUUGUCAGUACACCAAGACAUUUUUGCUUGGCUUCGUAUUUUCCCAUUUGCCAAUGCCACCAAUCGUAAAACUCAGUUCAUCUCCAAAAUUUGCAUGGUUUCUGUUUUGAUAAUUAAACUCCUUUCACUUGUAUCGAGUGUCGCUUAUCUAUAUAGAAAUGUGUCAUCUGAAGUGGAUUUGGGAUUUUCGAUAACCCAAAUUUCUGGCUGGGCAUCUACUUUUUAUACAUUGGUUGUUGCGUAUAUUAUUCGCAACCAGCUUCGCAAAUUGUUCGAUAAAAUUCAGGAGAUUUAUGAUGAUGCAACUGACGAUAUGAAGGGAAAUUUUAUCAAAAUCAAUGAAAAGAGUGAAUUUUUAACCAAAUACUGCGUAAAAUAUUUCAUAGUUGGAUUUGUAGCUUAUGUGUGUGCAAUGGCAAUGAUAAAUAUUCUCUUUUGCUAUUUGAUAAAUGGUCACGUUGAUGCAAAGUGUUUAUGGUAUCCGCCAAAAUAUGUUCUACCGUGGAAUCAACACACUGUUAUUGGAUGGAUUGGAAUGUUAAUAUUUUUGGUGCUCGGUAGUGGAACAUAUUUACUUGUGAAUAUCGUGUUUCUAUCAUUAUUCGUUUCAGUUUGCGAAUUUCAUAAGGUGUUCUACUCAAGGACCGAGCAUCUUUUGGCUGAACUUGAUGAAGUGACCGACGAAACGCCCAUGAAGCUAAAAAGAAACCCAACAAAAAGUAUUCAAUCAAUUUUAUGCCAAAUCAUUAAAAAUAACAUUAAAGGAAAGGAAUUUUUCAAGUACACCGCCGACGUUUACUCUUCAUUUCUAUUUAUUCAAGUAAUAUUUGACAUACUUUUCUUGGCUGCUGCUGCAUUACAAGUAUAUGUGUCUGUAAAAAAUCCCAGCCUGAACAUGUUGACACCGUUCAUUGGCAUCGUUAAUGGAUUGGCAAAUUUGUUAGUUUAUUGUUAUAUCGCAUAUAGAGCGAGUGAUAAUUAUGUUCGGAUCGGUGAUUUGCUUUAUCAAUCAGUUUGGUAUAAGCUACCAACCAAGUAUCGUAAAUAUUUCGUUUUGAUGAUUCAAGACUCUCAAACACCACAGCUUUACCACGGCUUUGGUAUCAUCAAAAUUGACAUGGGCACAUUUGCUACUGUUUUAAGAACUGUGUACAGUUAUUUUAUGGCAAUGAAAACUAUUGGCGAAAAUAUUAUCUAAAAUUAUUAUUGCACUUCAU